AUGGCCAGCCAGAAUCCGUCCACGUUCCAGUACGAUGUCCACACUCUCGAUCAUGACCUGACGCCAACCGCUGCGACGACCUACCACCGGCGCGAGAGCUCGCCUCGCCUACCAAGCGUACCAGCGCCGCAUUUCAGCACACGAGCGCUCUCUGGCUUAAUGGUGCACUCUGGCCAAGUCAAGAUGUCGCCACUGUACCAUACCGGAACCUUCCAAGCCCAACGCGUCUACGUGCAGAUUGGGCAGCAUAGCGAUGAAUCUUCAGGAAUCCGGCCGCGCCAAAUCGCCGCUCUAGGCGCGCACGCACCAAGCAGCAAACUUCAAAGCAGCAAAGACUCGCUGCACUUGUCUCGCUUUGGGAUUGGUCCGCUCGUGCAGGUGCCCGCGAUGCGCGGGCAUCAUCGCCGAUUCAUCGGAAGCAAAUGUGACAGUCGAGAAAAACGCGACGAGUCGAGCGUGCUUGCGUGCGCAACAACGUGA